CCUGUCGCUUGUUGAUUCAGUGAACGGAAAUCACCACAAGAAGGACUGAACAAGAUGAGCGGUGGUCGUGCUGGAGGCAUCGUGCUCGGCUAUGCGGGCUUCCUCUUCGUCAUGGGUUUCCUCGGCUUUGCCAUGGGUAACUUCCAGUCCAAGGCCAAGUCCGCCAUCAUCGUCGGCUCGGCGUGCUCGCUGCUGCAGGUCAUCGCAUACUUCCUUCACAUCUCCUCGUCCAUGUCUGGUGCCGGACUGAUGAUUGCAAAGGCGUUCAUGACGGUCAACACGGCCCUGUUUGCGUGGAGGGCGUACUUGGCGUGGCAGUCGCCGGAGAAGCAGCACGUGGCCAUCCUGGUCGCCGUCAUGGCACUUGGGUCCCUUGCAGCACUGACAGUCCUUGCACUCACCCCAUCAGCGCCCAAGCGCCACGAGGCACAGAAGACCAAGUGACGAAGUAUUGUGUUGUGCUGUGUUGCGUGUAUGUGUGUGGGGGGGGAGUUGUUGUGUUGUGUUGUGGUGUUCGGUUGCUUUAUGUGUGGGUGUGUUGUGUUUCGUUGCGUCUUUCGCUGCGUCUCUCGCUGCGUCGUUCGCUGCUGUUGUCUCUGUUAUGGCACGUUCAUUUUACCUCGUACAUCUCUCCUUGUCGUACAUGUGAACAACAAAUCAUACAAGACAUGAACAAC